GUCUGAAUCUUUUUGGAACAACAUUUUAAUUUUUCUUUGAAUGAGAUUCACUGUUGUCUAGAAAUUGUGCAGAAGGUCUAGGAGCUGCUGAAGGCUCUCCAGAGUUAUGGACAGUAUCACCUAGUCCCAGUGGCGUUGUGAUACCUAUAGCUCGGAUCUUUCAUGAAUAGUUAUGUUUUUUUAAUUUGUCACAUGUGCAAUAUUUUAUUAUAGUAGGCAUAUAGCUUUUAAUAUGGAAACUGUUCAUCUUUGCGUUUUUCAGAGAAACACAAUGUGUUGUUCUGAGUGAAACGCUCUGUUGUUGCUUCAGUCUAAAGUAAUUGCGUAGGUACAGUGUCUCCUCACCUCUUACUGUAUUUUUGCAUUUGAUAAUCCAAAUGGGGUGGGGUGGUCAUAUUCUGGCCGUCCCGUAUAUUGAAUCUGGUCACCUGUUCUAACUUUCGUGUUUCUAAAAUGUACCUCAGCUAUUAUAACUACCCCUUAGGUUUUCCCACGUGUAUUCUUAUUUUACCAUUAUCACUGGGGGCGCUGUGCUAUCAUGGGUUUGCACCUGCAGAUACAGAAGAAUGAAGAAGACAAUACGGAAGCGAUAUUGCGAGCAGAUUUUUGGUGCAGUUGAAAAAACGGUAUUGGAGUACCAGGAGGAGAACGAUCGCCUACGAAGAAUGCUGCGAGUCACACCCGAGCUACAACUAUGCAGAAUAGACUCCCUGCAGUUCUCUCUCGCUGUUUCUGAUGAGGAGGUUCCCCCAGAGCAGCAGCACUGUGAGCAGGAGUGGAGAACCAAUCAGGGGCAGGAGGAAUCAGAACCCACGCGGAUUAAAGAGGAACAGGAUGAACUUGGGAUUGAUCAAGAGGAAGAGCAGUGUCAAGGGCUAUUUGAUACUAAAGACUCUAUAUUCACUCCUCCUUGUGUGAAAAGUAAAUGUGAUCAGGGGAACCAAAUUUGGUCCUCAACUCCUCCCCGUACCCAGUCUGUAGAGAACAGAGAGAAUUACUCUGAACCAGUGGAUCUCACACCUUUUGACACUAUGAACCACUUAAAUGGUUUUGACAUUCCCUGCGACCUUCCAGAUGACGAAGACAUUGCCUCCAUCCACAGCUCAGCUUUUAGUAGUGACCCAGUAGAACUUGACAGCAGCUCGCAAUUGGAUCCCAUCUCACCACUGGCCCCAAGCACACCUUUGGAGCUCAAUCAACCAAUGGAUAAACCCUGUUCUAAACCCAGCAGCACGUCCCAAACGGUAAACCACUGCCAUGACUGUGGUAAGACAUUUGCUCUGAAAGCUGACCUUCAGAGGCACGUGACUUUCGCCAGGAAGAGGCUUAGUGAAUGCCGCUUUUGCAAAAGAUGCUACGACUCGUCAUGUAAGCUGAAAACGCAUAUCCAUCUCUGUCACAAUGGGAAACCCUGCACAUGUCCAUUUUGUGGCAAGACCUUCAAGCAAAAGGGAAAUUUGUCCAGGCACAUGAGCAUUCACACGGGAGAGAAACCAUUCAGCUGUUUGGACUGUGGGAAAAGCUUUACCCGUAAGGAGCACCUAACCAAACACAGACAGACUCACACAGGAGAAAAACCAUUCAGUUGUAGCGAAUGUGGGAAGCUCUUCAAUCGUAAGGAGCACCUAAACAAACACAUACACAUUCACAAAGGUGAGAAACCAUUCAGCUGUGGCAGCUGUGGGAAACGUUUUAAUCGGAAGGGAAACCUGAACUUGCACAUACGGACUCACACGGGUGAAAGACAGCAUGGCUGCUUAGCCUGUGGUAAAAGGUUCACCCAGAAGACUCAUCUUCUGAAGCAUGUGGAUAAUAUCCACAUUGAGAGAAAAACUGAAAAAAGAAAGAAAAUGUUUGGUCAGAAGAUGGAAGUAAAAAGGCGUGGCAUGGACCACACUCAUAGGAAAGGAAAGCAACUACAUGUCCUUCAUACUGUGUCUCUCAGAUGAAUAGGGUUGUAAUAUAAAACACAAUGAUCUUUGAUUUAUUAUUAUCUAAAUAUACCAUGGAUGUGACACUUUUUUUUUACUGUUGCAAUUACAUUAGCAACCAGUUUAUAAUAGCAAUAUAGCAGGAGGGGUAUGGUAUGUGAAUAAAAGAUGAAUAUCCCAUUUGGAUUGAAAGUCUGUUUUACAUUUAAAUUAAUUCAACAUAGGUGCACACCAGAGUUGGUGAGAUUAUUUUCUUUUUUAUUUGUAUUUUCUGUCCUUUUAUUUGUAUUCUCCUGCCCCUGCUUCCAGAAGUUGUCCUUGUCCGAAAUGGGAGCACAACAACUCCCAAUCCCCCCUUCACCACACGCACCCUCUCCACCUCAAUCACUGCUAUUGUGAAAAUAGCAAUGAAACUGUUUCAAGCUAGGACCCAGUAUCUCUAUUCCUGUGUUGAU